GCAAAAAUUGCCGCCAUAGAUCAAGAACGACCUUUCUCCGCCGUCCUGACGGAUAACUUUUCAAGGCAACAUACCUAUCUCCGGAUCUCACUUACAGAAAAAUGCAACCUUCGAUGUACAUACUGCAUGCCCGCCGAGGGAAUAGAUCUGUCACCCAAGGACGAUAUUCUGACCACGCCCGAGAUCAUUCGUCUUGCUCGCUUGUUCGUCAAAGAGGGAGUGACCAAGAUUCGACUCACUGGAGGUGAACCCACCGUGAGAAAGGAUAUUAAUGAACUCGUUGAACAACUGGGUGAGCUGCAACCAUUGGGACUCAAGACCAUUGCGAUGACAUCUAAUGGCAUCGCACUCAAGCGCAAGCUGCCAUCGCUGGUCUCGAGCGGCUUGAACCUACUCAACCUCAGUCUGGAUACCCUGGAUCGGUUCAAAUUCGAGCUGAUGACCCGUAGAAAGGGGUUUGAGAGAGUCAUAGAGACGAUCGAUGAUGCCCUGGCCCUGGGACUGGAGCCCGUCAAGGUCAACUGUGUGGUCAUGCGUGGGACGAAUGACAAGGAGGUACUGGACUUUGUGGAGUUCACACGGAACAAGAAGGUCGAUGUCCGGUUCAUCGAAUACAUGCCCUUUGGAGGUAACAAGUGGAAAGAGAAUAAGCUGGUACCAUAUCAGGAGCUGAUCGACAAUAUCCAGACUGUCCAUCCGACGUUCAAAAAGCUGAUUGAUGACCCGAAUGACACGUCCAAAGCAUACCACGUCCCAGGAUUUGCGGGGCAGGUUGGGUUCAUUACCUCGAUGUCGGAUCAUUUCUGUGGGACCUGUAACCGUCUUCGGAUCACAGCGGACGGGAAUUUGAAGGUGUGCUUGUUCGGGAACACGGAAGUGUCGUUAAGGGAUAUGAUGCGCCAGGGCAAGACGGAUGAGGAGCUGAGGGAGGUGAUUGAAUUGGCGGUGAAGAACAAGAAGAAGCAGCAUGCGGGUAUGUCGAACCUUGUUCAUAUGAAGAACCGGCCCAUGAUUUUGAUCGGUGGAUGA